UGCUGAUACCGCAUGCGUCAAAGCUCCUGCGGGUGAGCCGGACGCCGUGGGAACGGGAGAAGUCAGCGGGUGAUGCCGGAGCCCCUGGACCUCGCCUGGCAUCAUAAUGUUGACAAGUAUGGAUUAAUUGCUUAGAAGCCAGCAGGAAGAAAGCUCAGGGAGAGGCAGCACUGUGCUGGAGUAGUCAACUACACAGCCCAGAUGUUGGUGUAGGUCGGGAUUAGCUGAUGAUUCCCUUUCCCAAAGGAGAAUAAUGAACCAACUGAGUUGCCAUGGUUUUCUAGCACAAGCCCCACAACUCAGCAUAUUCAUAAAGUUCAAUUUUGCAACCUACCUUUGCUUAUUUUGUGGGUUCUCACUCAUCUUUUUUUCCCGUAUUUUAUCCAUUGAAAGCAUUUCACAGGAUAUUAAAAAAGGAGAAUCCUCAGAUGGAAAAUUCAGACGAAGCAUCAGGUCAAGACCCGGACAAAUCGUGUGAAUCAUGCAGCCCCAAAGCUCUUCAGCGUCUGGAAAUGGAAGUGAGAAGGUCCAUUCUGGUGGGCAAGAAGACAUUUUUGUGCUCUGUGUGUGGGAGGGGCUUCACCCGUUCAUACACCCUGCUGAGACACCAGCGAAUUCACACCGGGGAGAAGCCGUAUUCGUGCUCCAUGUGUGGGAAAGGAUUCACGCAGUCAACCCACCUCAUCGCACACCAACUUGUCCACACUGACCAAAAACCUAUUCAGUGUUCCGAUUGUAAGAAGAGUUUCAAAAGCAGGGCUCAUCUGCUGAAACACCAGCACGUACACAGUGAGGAGAGGCCCUUUGCCUGCUCUGCAUGUGGAAAGGGAUUCACUUCUGCAUCCAACCUCACUGCGCACCAGCUCGUUCACACCGAUCAGAGACCUUUUAAAUGCUUGGACUGUAAGAAGAGCUUUAAAAAGAGAAGCCACUUGCUGAAACACCAAAAAACUCACACUGGGGAGAGGCCAUUUAUCUGCACCGUGUGUGGGAAAGGAUUCACCCAGUCAUCCAACCUGACAGCACACCAACUGGUUCACACUGAUGAAAAACCUUACACAUGUUUUGAAUGUGUAAGGGGCUUUAAGAGUAAACAGGAACUACUGAAACACCAGCGCACUCACAAUGGAGAGAGGCGCUUCACCUGCUCUCAGUGCGGGAAGGGAUUCACUGUAUCCGCUGACCUGCAAAGGCACCAGCGAGUUCACACCGGAGAGAAACCAUUCAACUGCACACACUGUGGAAAAAAGUUCCGAUGUUCGACCAACCUUAUCAGGCACCAGCGAGUCCACACGGGAGAGAGGCCCUUCUCCUGCUUGGAGUGCGGGAAAAGAUUCACUCUGUCAUCCUACCUGCUGAGACACCAACUGAUUCACACUGGGGAGAAGCCCUUCGCUUGCUCUUUAUGUGGGAAGGGAUUCACUCAGUCAUCCAGCCUGCUGCGACACCAGCAAGUUCACAAGUGACUGCAGCGUUGUAUUUGACUGUACCGCUGUUGUUAUUCGCACCCAGGACAAAAUGCCUUUUGUCCUGAGAGUCCGGGUUUGUUCCAGUUACUUGUUUAUGUCGUUGCUGUAAGUGGGGACUUGUUUUGAUAACAUCGUUGGACACAUUUGUACAAUAUCUUCAACUCAAUGUGUUUGAAAUUUUUUAUCUGUUAGCAUCUCCGAAAGUGUUGAUCAAACUGUACUGCAUUUGUACUGAUUUGCAUGUUAUAUGUAAUGGUACCUCUAUGAAAGAAGAGGGGAAAUGGAUUAAUUGAAUCCCUUUGUAUAAGAGGUUUUAUUUGAUCUGAGACUGUGCAGUCAGCUUACAUAAUACAGGUAAAAAUUAGCAUUAGUGACACAGUAAUUAAAUCAAUAUUGGAAACUUUUAAAAACUAAUACUUCUAAAAUGGUAGCAAACUAUUAGUUUAAACAUGUCAGGAAAAAAGAACACACGGAUCAAACACUAAAAUGAAAGCAAAACACUGCGACCUUUAUAGACUCCAGUCUCCGAUGCCACAGGGGACAGAAGAUCAUGAGAAGGAGCAGUGAAAAUCUCCAAAACAUAAAUUGGUUUAUUAUUGUUGCCUGUACAAAGGGGCAGUGAAGAAUUUUGUUUUGCCUGCUAUCCAUACUGAUGAUUUCAUUUCAACAUUGCAUUGAUCUGUACAAGGGAAACAAGUGUUACAGGGAACAUUUAAUGCAGCUGGACAAAAGGUGCAAGUCCAUAAUAAGAUAGAUUGUAUGAUCGAACACUCCAUUUUACUGUGCUAACAGUCAAUAGUGGGAAAGAGCUUGAAGAAGGGUCAGGAAAUCAAGUGAGAAUGUGGUGGUUGGGGGAGAAACGAUAGUGAGGGAAAUUAAUGCUGUCCUGUGUAGCAAAGUCCAAAAGUUCGGGUACCAACGACAGAAGAGGACAAGGAAGUCUGUGUGGGAAGGAACUGGCCACCAAAUUACAACACAUUAGUUAAUAAUCCCUGUAUCAGUCCCUGAGCUAUGUACAAUUUGACUUUAGGCAUAUGAGAGAAAUGUUGCUGCCCUGAUCAAACCACAUUUGAAAUAUCAUCAAAG